AUGGAGACAGGAGGAGGAUGACGAGAAGAAGGAGGAGGGUUGAAAGUAUUUGGGGAAGCACCAGAAACCCGGGUCGAUCAACACCGAUGAAUCCCAGUUCCAGUCGCAAGUCACCACUAUGUCUCUUGUUGUGGUUAUGGGGACAGGACGAGAGGACCCAAACGCUGGACAGGGAGGCAGAGACGGGGUGGAAAGGAAAUGGGGUCUAUUGGAACAAGGGGUAACGACAAGCCGGGGCUAGGCAAGCGGUGGUCAGGCAGGCGAGGGUUCAGUAACAGACAGGCAGGCAGGGGGUAGGCGGUAGGCGUGUGGACGGUGUUGUCAUGCAGGCGAGGAUUCGGCAACGGGUAAACACGGGGACGGACGGAGAACUACAGAAGAGGGCAAAGGGUUACUGGAGGACAGGGAAAACGGAAUGGAUUUAGUUUAAUGCUGGUAGGACCGAUACUGACUGAGGGGAUAGUAAAAGAAGAACUGGCGCCGGCUGAUUGGAGACCCCGGCUGAAGUAGGGAAAGGCGAUUGCAGAAUGCAGACAGGUGUGUUGAGAGAGUGAGGACCAGUGGCGCCAAGCGGCCGCUAGGUGGGGGUGUUGGACCGUGUAGCAGGACGUGGCUUGUUUUGCACCGGCUAUCUUUUAACUCCAGAAAGAAGAGAACACACAUCAACGCAUUUGAAGAGGCCAACACAGGUAGUCAUUUAGUAAGUCAGGUUCUUUAUUGUCCCCAAGGGGAUAAUUGUUCUCACACAGUCAAGUCAAGUUGGUUUCAGGGCAGCAUACAUUUGAAGAGACAGAACACAGUGUAGCAACACUGUAGCACACAGAUAUCAAAUAAAUUAUCUCCACACAUAUACAACAGAUAAACCCUCUUCCCACAAAUUCCACAGAAAAACAUGUAGACAGAAAUAAACAUGACAUGAACCAUAUUCAGUGACGAAAAAUCUACAUAUUUUUGUUCCCUGCUAUGAUAGCUGAGGGGACGAAACCUUUUUUUUAUUGGGCUUUUCUCCGGUUCAUUACACUAUAUCUGCGGCCAGAUGGGAGUAAUUUGAAGAAUUGGCAAAGGGAAUGGUCAGGGACGCUGACUAUUACACGUGCCAGGGGUGCUACAGCGAGCUCAUUUGCCUCUGACAGGCUGGGGGGGGGAGGGUGGUUAUCUUGGAUGCUAUGUGUGGGGUUUUGAGGAGUCUGUUUUUGCUGGUGACAGUGAGCAGGGUGAAGCAGCAGGGGGAACAGUACACUAGGAGGGGUUGGAUGAUGCUUUUGUAGAGGAGUAAGAGGAGGUGGGGGGCCACAGACAGUGAUCUCAGUUUGCGUAUGACAUAAAGCCGUGGAUAGGGUUAAUGACAUGUUGGUUGGAGUUGAGUUUGUUAUCUAUGGUGAGCCCUAGGUAUUUUAAACUGUUGACUAGUUCAACUGGUUGUCCUCUGAUGAAUGUGCGAUUGAGUGUAGGAGGUGUCUUGGCUGUGUGCAUGACCUUUUCCUUUGUUUUGUCAUCGUUUAACUGGAGAUAGUUGUCUGUGCACCACUGUGAAAACUGUGUGGUUGACUGUUGGUAUGCUGUGGUGGAAUUGUUGUCACUGAGUAGACCUAUUAUGGCCGUGUCGUCUGCAUCUUUAUAGUACGUGGUGAUGGGGGCUGGGCUGCUGCAGUCAUUUGUGUGGAGGGUACACAGAAAUGGACUGAGGACGCAGCCCUGAGGUGCUCCGGUGUUGGUGCUGAGGGUUGAUGAUGUUGCUGUACCUACUUUCACUGCAUGCGGUCUGUUGCUGAGGAAAUUGUAUAUCCAGUGAAGGUGGAGUGGAAUAAUGUCCAGAUGUUUGAGCGUCUCGAUGACCUGGUGCCGCUGGAUUGUGUUGAAUGCAGAGGUGGUGUCGACCCACAGGACUGAUGCUAAGUGGUUUGGUGUCUGGAGAGGGUGGAGGAGGGAGUGGAGGAGGCACGCCACUGCGUCCUCCGUCCCACGUUUCGGCCUGUAUGCAAACUGGUGAGGGUCCAGCUGUGGUCCGACGGUUGACAGGAUGAGGUGAAGCAUUAUCUUCUCCAUGCACUUCGUUAUGAUGGGCGUGAGUGCAACCGGACGGAAGUGGUUGGGCUCUGACUGGCGGGGUUUUGGGGGUAUUGGUGCAAUGGUUGAGGUCUUCCAUAGGUCGGGACCUUUAGCUGUUUUGUAUGAAUCCAACAAGACGGAGUGGAAGACUGGGCAGAGCUCCGUGGCACAGAGCUUUAGCACCCUUACCGGGAUGCCAUCCGGCCCCGGGGCCUUGCCAAUUUUGCACCUGGCCAGCUGUGGCUGUACACCCUCCUGAGUGAAGGGUGGGUGCUGGGGUUCUACCAGCGCCUUCACAGGAGGCGGUGUAGUCCUGGGUGUCAAACCGGUUGAAGAACCUGUUCAGGGAGUUAGCAAAGUGCAUGAACGCAGUGCAGCCAUGUGUCGUGUGGGCGGAGCCAGGGGUUAGGGGAGGAGCCAGGGGUUAGGAGAGGAGGGGAGAGGACGUCAGGUAGAGGAAACCAAACUUAAGGUUCAGAUCAACCAAAGCACCCGACGUGAAAGCAGUUCUCUCGGUCAGGAGAAAAAUAAAACGCAUUUUGAAAUACGCUGACGGACAGAAGCUACAUCAAGGAAUGGCCUCUGCUGACACCUCCUGGCCUGAAGAGAACUUUUCAUGUUCCAUCUGUCUGGAUGUGUUCAGCAGCCCAGUUACCACACCAUGUGGACACAACUUCUGCAGAACCUGUAUUACUAAGUUCUGGGAUGAACAAGUCAAGUACAAAUGUCCCGUUUGCAACGAGCUUUUCAACACAAGACCUGAUUUACGGGUCAAUAUCCUCUUUUCAGAGAUGGUUGAUCGGUUUGGAACAUCGGUACGAGUAAAAGAGCAGCCUUGUGUUGGACCAGCAGAAGUUCCCUGUGACGUCUGUACUGGGACCCAGCUGAAGGCCGUGAAGUCCUGCCUAGUGUGUCUAAUCUCUUACUGCCAAACCCACCUGGAGCCACACCAGAGAGUCGCAGGUCUGAAGAAACAUCGGCUGGUCGAGCCUAUGGACCGUCUGGACGACAGGAUGUGUAAGAAACACGACAGACUUCUGGAGCUCUUCUGCAAGACUGAACAGGUGUGUGUGUGUCUGUUCUGCACAGAGACGGACCACAAGUCCCAUCCUGUUAUACCUCUAAAGGAGGAAUAUGAAGUGAAGACGGCCCAGCUGGGGAAGAUAGAGGCUGAAGUUAAGCAGUUGAUCCAGGAGAGACAAAAAAAUAUUCAGGAGAUUAAAGACACAGUUAAACGCAUCAAAGCAGACUCAGACAGAGAGAUAGCUGAUGGUGUGCAGGUCCUCACUGCUCUGAUGCACCGCAUUGAAAAGUGCCAGGAUGAUCUCAACCAAAUGGUGAAAGAGAAACUGAAAUCCACAGUGAAACAAGCUGAAGACCUCAUCAAAGAGCUGGAGCAGGAAAUAGAAGAUCUGACCAAUAGAAGUUCAGAGGUGAAGCAGCUCUCACACACUAAAGACCACCUCCACUUGCUCCAGACCUUCAGAUCUCUGAAGGAUCCUCCACCCCCCAGGGACUGGACCACGGUGGAGGUCCGUCCUCCGUCAUACGUAGGGACAUUGAGGAGAUCCCUGGAUCAGCUGGAGGAGACACUGAACAUGGAGAUGAAGAAGCUGCGUGAUGCUGAACUGAAGAUGGUCCAGCAGUAUGAAGUGGAUGUGACUCUGGAUCCUGAUACAGCUCAUCCCCGUCUCAUCCUGUCUGAGGAUGGGAAACAGGUACAUGAUGGAGGUGUGUGGAAGGAACUCCCAGACAACCCCAAGAGAUUUACACGGUGGGGAGGUGUUCUCACGAGGCAGAGCUUCUCCUCAGGGAGAUUUUACUUUGAGGUCCAGGUUAAAGACAAGACUGAAUCGUGGUUAGGAGUGGCCAGAGAGUCUAUCGACAGAAAAUGUCUGAUACUGUUGACCCCUGAGACGGGUUACUGGACUCUUCUCUACUACAAGGAUGUGUUGGUAUUUAGAGAUGACCCUUCUGUCCGUGUCCCUCUGAGAGCUGAGCUCCAGAAGGUGGGGGUGUUUGUUGAUUAUGAUGAGGGUCUGGUCUCCUUCUACGAUGUGGAAGCCAGGGUUCAUCUCUACUCUGCUACUGGCUGCACCUUCGGUGAGCCUCUCUAUCCAAUCCUCCACCCAGGUCCCCGUGAACAUAAAGGUAACAACUCCGCCCCCCUGAUCAUCUCACCUGUCAAUCAAACAGACUAGGACCUUUGUUUGGUAAUAAAAUAAUCAAACGACCAAAACAACUAAUGUUGUUUCCUGAAUUAGAAUCUCUACUAUGUGAGGUCUGAGAGAACUGUAUUCAUAUCUUACUCUUCACUGUCUUCUAAGGAGUAAUUCAUUAAGCCACGAACACUGUACUAUAAAAAAUAUAACCCAUUAUAACCUAUAAGACUACGCUAUAAUGUUCAAAGUCUUUUAUCGGAGUGUUUUUUUAUAUUUUUAAUUAAUGAAAAAAAUGUAAUCAGAUAAUGUGAAAUGUUGAUUUUGAUUAUCAUUAGUUGUUUUAACCAAAUAGUAAUAUUCGUUUAUUUUUGAAUCAUGUUUGACAACACAAUAUAAUGUUUGUAAACUUUUGAGAUUUGAAUAAAAAUGUACUAGAAUGAG